CUCCCACUCCCUGCUCCUCUCUCUGAGCUCAAGCCUCUCUUCCCCCUCUCUGCUUCACGAGUUCUCCUCCCGAAACCUGCGCGAGACGGCCACUGAAGCGCGAGUCUAUCCCCCCCUCACUCCCCUGCACUUCAGUGAACAUGGCUACAGUUGUAACCUCGACCAGAUUCACUGACGAAUAUCAGCUGUACGAGGAACUCGGAAAGGGUGCCUUUUCUAUCGUCCGCCGAUGCGUCAAAAAGUCCACCGGCCAGGAGUAUGCUGCUAAAAUUAUCAACACAAAAAAGCUCUCAGCGAGAGAUCACCAGAAACUGGAGCGGGAGGCACGGAUUUGUCGUCUGCUGAAACAUCCAAACAUAGUACGACUCCAUGACAGCAUCUCAGAGGAAGGCUUCCAUUACCUUGUCUUUGACCUGGUCACUGGAGGAGAGCUAUUUGAGGACAUUGUUGCCCGAGAGUAUUACAGCGAGGCAGAUGCCAGCCACUGCAUCAAUCAGAUCCUGGAGAGCGUCAGCCACAUCCACCAGCAUGACAUUGUGCACAGGGACCUCAAGCCAGAGAACCUGCUCCUGGCCAGUAAGAUGAAGGGAGCAGCGGUGAAGCUGGCAGACUUCGGUCUUGCCAUCGAGGUUCAGGGUGACCAGCAGGCAUGGUUUGGUUUUGCAGGAACUCCGGGGUAUUUGUCCCCAGAGGUGUUGAGAAAGGACCCGUACGGCAAGCCAGUGGACAUCUGGGCCUGUGGUGUGAUCCUGUACAUCUUGUUGGUGGGAUAUCCUCCCUUCUGGGACGAGGACCAACACAAACUGUACCAACAAAUCAAGGCCGGAGCGUAUGACUUUCCUUCUCCAGAGUGGGACACAGUGACCCCCGAGGCCAAGAACCUGAUCAAUCAGAUGUUAACCAUCAACCCCGCCAAAAGGAUCACAGCCGACCAGGCCAUCAAGCACCCCUGGGUCUGCCAACGCUCCACCGUGGCCUCCAUGAUGCACCGCCAAGAGACUGUGGAGUGUCUGCGCAAGUUCAACGCCAGGAGGAAACUUAAAGGAGCGAUCCUCACAACAAUGCUGGUGUCCAGGAACUUUUCAGUGGGACGGCAGCAUACCAGCCCUGCCGCUACUACCAGCACGGCCGCAAUGGCACAGGAAGCGUGCAAAUCCUUGCUAAACAAAAAGACGGACGGUGUGAAGUCGCAGGGGACCAACAGUAAAAACAGUGUAGUAAGCAGCAGCAGCACCAAAGACAGCAGCAUGUCAUCUUCAGCACCAAUGGAAGCCCAGACAACUGUUGUACACAACCCAGCUGACGGCCCCAAGGGCUCCACAGAGAGCUGCAACAACACAGAAGAGGAGGAGAUGAAAGGUAGGAAAGUGUCUGCCUGUGAGUCCUCUACUUCAUGCAGUGUGACGUUAAGCCAGUGCAGCACUCUUGAGGACCAGACCCAGUUACUCCCGUACCCAGCACCCAGCUCUCGUAAACAGGAGAUAAUAAAGAUGACGGAGCAGUUGAUUGAAGCCAUCAACAAUGGAGAUUUCGAGGCUUACACGAGAAUCUGUGACCCUGGACUGACUUCCUUUGAACCGGAGGCUCUUGGGAACCUGGUUGAGGGCAUGGACUUUCACAAGUUCUACUUUGAGAACCUGCUGAGUAAAAACAGCAAGCCAGUGCACACCACCAUUCUGAACCCCCACGUGCAUCUGAUCGGGGAGGACGCUGCCUGCAUCGCCUACAUCCGCCUGACGCAGUACAUGGACACCCAGGGCCGGCCGCGCUCCUGCCAGUCGGAGGAGACGCGGGUCUGGCAUCGCCGCGAAGCCAAGUGGCUCAACGUGCACUUCCACUGCUCAGGAGCCCCGGCUGCACCGCUGCAGUGAAUCGAAAAACCAGGCCCAGCUUUGCCUGAAACUCUAAAGCUGUUUGGAGCGUUUUAUUCUCCGUGGUCGGAUUUGUGCCUGGAUCCUGGCGGGGAAGAGAGGCUGCUUGGAGAGUUAUACAAACAGAAAAGUGGGGAAAAUAAGUGAUAUAUUAAAAUGAAUUUAAAAAAAAAAUACAGAAGAAUAAAAAACACAUUUCAAAAGCUUGACUAAAUGACCGACCAACACGAUCCAGUCCAACCAUCGCUAGGUGGUGCCGGGCCCGGCUGACGCUCCUGCAGGUGGUGCAUGCUCGGGGGCGACACAGGGGUGAAGCUGUCCCGUCUCCCAUGGCCUUUAUUUCCCUGUAUUUGUUAUGUCUGCUGUCUGGAAAAGUAUUACAAAUAUAUAAAUAUAUAACAGAAAAACAAGUACACUCACCACAUAUUGAAUAGAGCCGGGGCGAGGAGCGUAAUAUCUGGAGAAAUGUGAUUCUUCUUUUCCCCUGAGAAACUAGCAGAACGUCUACUUCAAUAGAAGUUUGUUUUACAGGUUAUUAGGGUUGGAUUUAUGGGAGCAACUUAUAUCUACUUAAUAUCAGAAUUUAACAUCCGUGUAAGUGUCAGGUUUGAGCGUCUGUACACGAUGUUGCUAGGCGUUGAGAUUCGUUACUGAAGGGACCUUUAUUUUGAUUUUGUGUUUUUGUAUCAUGUGUUAUGAAGCUGUUUGUACCUGUAUUUUAAAGUGUUGAGAAAGGAUCAUUUUUAAUCAAAGGGGGGAUUUUAUUUAAUAGAAGUGUGUGUGUAUAAAUAAAUAUUUAUAUUGGGAGAACAAGGGGAUAUACGUUCAGGGUGAAGGGAAGGGAGUUAAGCAUGAGUGGGGUUUUUUUUCUUCUCUGCUUUGAGGUCCAGAGGGUGUAAAUACACACACAAGUACUCACUCCAGUGCAUGCACAAACACACACACACACACACUUAGGGGCCAGCCUUUAGGGUUGAGUCUCUCGAGCUUUAGACACAACAAGGCCAGCUCAUCCUGAAGUUGCAGAAGGCGUCGAACUGAGCGGUCAAAAGUCUAAAGCUCCUCACAUCUCUGAACUACCUAGUCUGAAAGCACGGAGGCACUCUCUUUAUUGUUAUAUUUUGUGUAUUUUUGAUGUGAAGCAUGAACUGUCUGAUCUAACGGCCUGUACUGUUUUUGCACAGACACUUAUGACUCGAUGCUGUUGUGUUCGCUCUUUCUGAGGGACUGAUCCUUCCUGCAACUUCAGGUUACGCUCGUCUAAAUCCUUCCCGUCCUUCCCUACCUCCACCUCUCUACUUCUAUCAUUCCUGCCUCUUAUACUUACUCCACGUCCCCAGUACUGUCCGAGUAGCACCUCGCCGUGUGAUAAUGAUGUCACCCUUAUGCCUGUCUCUUGUUCUGACCGUGUUCUUAAAAAAACUGUGUGUGUGUGUCGUCCGUCUUGGCUUGCUGUACUUCUGUGUGAAGUCCUGGAAAUAUUAAAAAGCAUGUUCAAAAGGGAAUGCAGCCGAGGGAUUGGACAAAAAAAAAAGGCAUGAUGAUGGGAAGAGGGCUAGGGGACCUUCGCUGAUGGCAAUCAAUGGAUUUGGUCCCUUUUUGUCACAGUUUUUGUUGUGAAAUGUCGUAGUUGUUAGUGUUUUGGUGUUGAUGUUUUAAUUUUUGCCAGAUAUAUAUUAAAAAGAUGAGGGGAUUUGGAAUAAAGGAGACUGAGACUGCCACAAAUGUUUUUUACUGCCCGUUUCCUCACAUGCUGAACUAUCGUGACAAACAUACUUAAUAAUAAUAGAGGAACUCACAACAUCAUACAAGCACAUGAAAUAAAAGAGUCUCCCUUUAAAGAGGAAAACAUAUCUCCGUGUCAGUCGUUGAACACUGUUUUUUCACUGUGUCGUACAAACUUUGAGUGUGUGACUUUGUACCGGCGGAGUGGUCCCGUCUCUACGCUGCUCUGUAACUCACGAUCAUGCUUCACUCACACACCGUGUCAAACACUGACUGAUGAGCAUAUUUUUAAAAAGAAUCACACAUAUGUGAGGCCUGUCCUCCUGUAUCAACCGCCUGUGCUUCUGAGUGAUGUGACAUAUCUGACAUGCCAUGAAAACUGUGUCCCCCCCCCCAAACACACAUAUUUUUGCACCAUAACCAGGAUGCGUUGUCAGACCAUUACUGAAACUAUGUGAUGUUUUCUUAUGGCUCUAAGUAGAUCUGUUGUGCUGUGGGCCAGGUGUUUGUUGGUGCCUCAUUGCUAUUUCCACACACAUGGGGAUGUUUCAUCAGAAAAUGAAGAUGCAGUUAAACUUUACGGGUUGUCUUAAACAAGUAAAACUGAUAUUAGGAAACAAACAGAUUCAUAAUCAAGUUUGCCAAAGUAUUUGGACAGUUUGAUUUAGUUAAAAUGUACACUUUUCCAAAAAUGUAUCUUCAAAAUAUCAGAAUUUUGCCCCAAUUGAAUAUCAAAAAUGUCAAUUCAUACCACAUGAAUUCAGAUAUAAGAUUUGCAUUUAGUAGGACAUUUAUUUCAGUUAUGUGUUCAUUUACUUAUAAAUUACAUUUAAAUGACCUCUCGAGGGGCCCCACUGCCUCAGUUGAAGAUCUAUUGUAACAUUUCACCAUGACAGGGUAUUGACUUUUAAAUCUCGCUGAUGUAAAUAGGAAACGUGACCAAAUAUAAAAUUUCCUUCAAAGUUUCUUUGGGCAGAUUGCUCCUUCAGCCAUCAGUGACAUUCCGUCUGUGUUGAUUGAUAAACACUUUUAUAAUCUCCAUAGUUAAAAUACUUUGGCAAAUGUGCAACAUAUGUUAGAUUAAAACCGUACCUGAGGAAGUGAACUUAAUCCAAAUGUUGAAAAGGGAUCAUUAAAACCACAAUGUUAAACAGCAACACUAUAUAUGCAGUUCUACAUGGAAGAAAUAUGCAUGUGUACUUUCUGGUAAUUUUUCACUGUUUACUUGAUAAAGAAAUGGAAAUCUAUGUUACUUGCAUCCUCGAGGUUAUGAACUGGCUUCGUCUGAUGUUAUCUCACAUUAAAGUUGUUCAGAUGAUUAGCGAAGGCCUUAGCUUGUAUGUGAGUGAAUUGCAUUGUAACCUUAAACUGAAGGGGCUACACGUGUGUGUCUAUACUAUGAGUUUCAAUGGACGCUGGAUUUUUUUGCAUGACCAUACAGUUAAUAAACAUACAUUUAAAAUAUCACGUGUUUGUUUGAAUGGUUGUUCUUCAUGGCUUUGUUAUUAAUCGAAGCAUUGAAGAGUAUUUAAUAAAAAUAACAUUUCAA